UGGAAAGUAAGCACGCUGGCCGAGAAAUCUGAGUUGCCAUAUUGUAUCUUUACACACGAGGGAAAACAUCAGUAUCACGUGGCGAACAUUCGUUUGAAAUUUCGCAGAAAGUCGUUCAUUCGGUGCAACAGGAAUCCUCUCAAUAAGCAUUCAGUCGAAGUACACUAUCGAUCGUGAACCAGUUGCAACAUCUGAACUGUUAACGACAUCGUACACGGAAACUUCCGGUAACGGCAGCUACAGUGGACUUGCAGUAUGAUGUACUCUACGAAUGUGCAGCUAGUAAAGUGGACGUUCCCGGCGGUGGCCUUGAUCUUCGGUCUUUUUUGGUACAAACGUCGUCGAAUACACAGAGCUGACCCAGGUGGAAUCGUGGAAUCAAAUUCCCAGGACAGAAUGAUGACGAGCUACUUGAGGGAGGUCAACUCGAAUUUUUAUGAUAACUCCACCAACGAGGAGACAAAUCAAUCCUUCUCGACGAGCAGCUGUACGCAACAGGAAGAGCCGGCUCGCGUCCCAAGGAAGGUCAGCGAGAAUAUGGACAUCCCAACCAGGAAGUCAGUACCGCAGUCCUGCGACAGCAGCUGUACGGAAGUUAAACCGACGACGGAUAUACAGCUAGGCAGCAAUCCGAGCACGAGUUACUUAGAGACGAUUGUCAUGGGACGGAAUACGCCUUCCUCCUUCAACAUCGAGCUCGGUAACAAUAUCACGAGGGUAUUCGAGGACGUCACCGAAGAGGAGCGAUGCAGCAGCGCGCAUCAAAACGAGACGGGGUCAUCUGAGCGGAAGGACACCGAAUUCAACUGCAACAUGGGCAAACAAUUAACCGAGGAACAUCCCGAAGACGCCAUCGGGGCGGCCGUGGGACAAACGGCCUACGAAAGGGACUCUGCGAAUCACAGUCCGAUUUCUGGAGUCCUGGAAGGCAGUAUCAUAGAUGAAGCUAGGAGCGAGGAAGGGAGUACAGACAGCGGAAAAGGUGGAAGCAUUAACGGAUAUAGGAAAACCAACGUUGAACAGACUACUUACUACUUUGCUAUACCGCAACAACUGGUGGGCAGGUUGAUCGGACGUCACGGUAGCUUUUUGCAUAAUAUCCGUACAAAGGCGGAAAUUCAGAUAUACGUGAAUGAUCACCCGGACGCUAGCGAUCAGAAGAUCUGCUCGAUAGAAGGCAACGCAGAUGGUAUUGCUAUCGCCCUCGACAUGAUAAGAAAGAAAUUUCCAGAGAAGAAGUUCCCGGAGGUGACACUAAUCGAGAUCUCGACGUCUGAAGUGAUGCCCGUGGAGACGUCAUGGGUACCACACUGGUCGCAAUUGUUCUUGAUCGAAGGCGUCAAUAAUGAUAUCGUCGUAACGCACAUCGUCAAGCCACAUUGGCUCUUUAUUCAGGUCCCGACACAUCCGACGUUCCCUUUCUUGAGACUUUUAGACGCGGAGAUGACGUAUGCAUAUAACAACAUGGAAUCGUCAGUGCCGAAUGUGCUGACAAGAGGCAUGAUUUACGUCGCAUAUUGGCAAAACAUGUGGGCCAGAGUAUGUAUGGAGAAACCAGAUCUAUUGGGAGAGAGGCAUAAAAUGCGACUGCUCGAUCACGGCGGUUACUAUGAAUUUAGUAGUUCACAAAUAAGAGAUAUCAUGCCAGAAUACCUGAACCUGCCCUUCCAAGCGAUCGAAAUUUUUUUAGCGCAUAUUCAGCCGAAGAAUGGUGUUUGGCUGGAUGGUGCUUAUGAGGUGAUAGCUCAAAUUUGUUGUGGGGCUGUUGGUCAAGCCCAGGUUGAAGGUUAUGUUGAUUCGAAUGUUUAUACGAAUAUUUAUUAUAAUUUCCCGAAAUAUGGGGUACUUUCCCUCGCUGACGAAUUAGUGGCACGCGGAUUUGCGGAACGCGCAAAACCGGAAGAUAUAAUUCCAGAAACAUCACUCGAAUUGUUCGAAGAACCCGCUCAUUUGUAAGAAUUGUAGAAAAAGUCUAUCAUUCUUGUUUCCUAUCGAAUCAUCAUGCAUCAUAAUUGCGUGGUUCUUAGACAAUAUCGACUGAAGUCGAGAGAUAGGUAGUCGCCAUCAUAAUGUAUCAAACAUGUUAAAACUAAUUAUUUUGUCCUUUGAAUUUGUCGAUCGCUUGCUCUCUCAUAGUUUUUUUUAUCGAGAUUGCCGUGAAUACUUCACAUUCGCAUUUCUCAAUAACCUGGAGAGUACUUAUACAUUCAUAGCGAAGUAUAAAACCCAUAAGAUUGUAGUAUAGAAUAACAAUUUUCGGUAACAGUUUUAAAUUAAAAAGAAAAACAUUUAUAUUUCAUUAUAUAUGUAAAAUUUAUAGUAAAAUCUUGGUCGCACGUCUAAUACUUCCUUAAAUACUGCUCAAUGAGAAAGAGAGAAAAAGAACAAAUUCUGUAAGCUUAAACUCGUCGAUUCAAGCGAGUUCUGACAAGUACAAAGGAUUUAGUUUAGUCCGCUAAUGUAAGGACUUUAUUUUACAACAAUCCCUUUUGUAUUAUAUCGCUCGCAAUGUUCCCCCCAUUUUUACCAGGAAAACUUGAAUGUUUUCGUAUUGCUAAUGUGAUUCGCAAGGACAAAUCUUUCAGAUAGCUUUCGAUGAACAUUCAGGAAACUGUAUUCGUUGCCCCUUCAGGUGAAUAUCUCGAGACUGUUGUAAAAAUAAUGCAGCCAUCUUUAACUCUCUUGAAUCCUCAUAAUACUUUUGUACAUAGUGUAUGUUUAUUCUUUUUCAAUUAUAAAAUAUUUAUAUUUAGAGAAAGAUAGUGAAGAAUAAUUUAGAGAUUUACUGAUAUGCCGACCGUAAUUCAGGAUGGGAUAUAUACUGAAUUUGCGUUUUACAAGACGUUUACUAUUAAAAUUAAGUCGUUGCACACACGAGUAACACGGACGAAUCGGGAAAUUCGUACAAUUCAAUAAGAUGAUUUUAUUAAAUGUCAAUAACGUUUCUGAUCAGAGAAGAUCGCGGGACUCAUAUUGUGUUAAACACCAUCAAUUUAGAUCGUAUACUGCAUUCAUUUUUGGUUGUAUUAAACGCGUUACUGUAAGAAUUAUUGUUAUGCGUCGCGUUCCGAUUAUUAUCCCGCGUUAUCUUUUCCUUGUUAUUUCAACAUUGGCAAUUCACUUAAGUAAUUUACCCUUCAAAUAUCACAUUUUGAUAACAUGUACAUUGUAAAAAAAAGAAUUAAUUAUCUCGAAUAAUUAUCUCAAAUAUCGCUAAUUUAUGCUUAUUAAUUAUUCUCAUAUAACAUGCAUUCAUCUUAUGAGGUAAUAUCUUUCGUGGCGUUUCGAAAAUAAACUUUUGGAUUAUUCCAAAGAAGCUCAAUGUAACAUUGUUUAUAUUUCAUUAUUUACUUGAGUAUUAAUUACGAUUUCAUCGCAUGAGGGUUUCUUUCAUACAUAAAAUUGAUUAGCAGUAAAAAUCAGUAUAAACUGGACAAAACAAGUGAUUUCUAAUUUAAAUACUGCGCUCAACAGCAAAUUGGUCUGAGAGCUAUUGUUAAUAUUUACUAUUGUUGAUAUGUAAACAUAUAAUAGAAAUAUUUUUCUAGGAAUAUAUAAUAUAUAUAUAUAUAUAUAUACAUAUAUAUAUAUAUUUGGAGUCAUACAGCUAUUGUAAAAUCACCCACGAUAUAUAUUAGAGCUGUCUGAUUAAGCAUUCGCAAUCAUCUCGCUUUGCGUCGUAUUUUCUUUGAUAGUUUUCUUUCAGAAGCUAGAAGAGUGAGGAGAACAAAGUGAGAGAAACAAAACAAGAUUGUCGCGAGCGACUGGCUCAUUUAGACAGCUCUAAUGUGUAUAAAAUAAUGCUUCUUUGCGCGUUGCGAUUAACUAAAGAUUUAUAAUUCAUUAUGAUUCUUCAAUUAGUACGACGAUAUAGCAACAAUAUAGCGCAACGAACGUCGUUAUAUAGUAACUAUUAGCGAUGAGAAAAUUAUACUCAUACUUUGUAUAUAUAAUAUAUAUGGGGCUGACUGCGGUCAUACACUGACUACUCAAACCUCAUACAAUACUUCAUUUAUUGUUAUUGCAUUUAAUUAAGUUCAUCUUGUAUAUACGUCAGUAUAAUACUCUUGGCGUUCAUCAUCAUUAGACUUGCACCAUUUCGCAGACCCUUGCGGCUUACCAUCACAAGGCAUAAUAAAGCAUAAUAAAAUUGAGUGCACACAACAUGACAAGACAGAAUUACGCUAAGAGUCACAUUAUUGUUUUAUGUUAUUAAGUAGAAACAAUAAAAGAACAGAUGUUUGUAAUGAAAUAAUAAUAAAUCGCUAUUGUAUACGAA